UUAAUCGGGCGCCAAAGUGAGGGACGCUGGAGAUGGAAAUAUGGAGGCUGCCAGUCUCAGCAUCGCAAAGAGGGAAGCUAAUAUCAGCUGGCUACACUACCCUCUCUUCACUUUCUUCCAUCUCUUCAUCUGACCUUGCUCGAGAAUUAAAAGUUUCAGAAAGUGAAGCUCUAGAUAUUCUGAAGGUUGCAUCACAUUCACAUAGUGGGGGAUCGGAAAUGUCGAGUGGAAAUUGUUCAAUUUUUGAGGGUGCGCAGAAUGCCUGGGAUAUGCUCCAUGAGGAGGAGUCAUUGGUGCACAUAACUACGUCCUCUGCAGAUCUAGACAACAUCUUGGGUGGUGGAAUACAUUGCAAAGAAGUUACUGAAAUUGGUGGAGUCCCAGGCAUUGGUAAAACACAGCUGGGGAUUCAAAUUGCCGUUAAUGUUCAAAUUCCUCAUGAUUUUGGUGGCCUUGGUGGAAAGGCAAUAUACAUCGAUACAGAAGGCAGUUUUAUGGUUGAGCGUGCUUUACAAAUUGCUGAAGCGUGCAUAGAAGACAUGUCAGAAUAUAACAGAUUCUUAAGGAAGGAUUUCCAAGCAUGUGAAAUCAGAAUGCAACCAAAGGAUAUCCUUGGAAACAUAUUUUAUUUCCGCAUCUGCAGUUACACAGAGCAAAUUGCCCUGAUAAAUUACUUAGACAAGUUCAUUUCAGAACAUAAAGAUGUGAAGGUGGUUGUUGUGGAUAGUGUUACCUUCCAUUUCCGCCAAGAUUUUGAUGACAUGGCCCUUCGGACUCGAGUUCUUAGUGGAAUGGCUUUAAAAUUGAUGAAGCUGGCCAAAAAGUUCAGUUUGGCUGUUGUUUUAUUGAAUCAGGUGACCACAAAGCUUUCAGAAGGUUCCUUUCAAUUAGCUCUUGCACUCGGUGAUAGCUGGUCUCAUACUUGCACAAAUCGGAUUGUUUUAUAUUGGAAUGGUAAUGAACGGUAUGCAUAUAUUGACAAGUCACCUUCUCUUCGAUCAGCGUCAGCAGCGUAUUCUGUUACACCAAGGGGGAUCAGGAAUUCCUCCUCAAGUUGUAAACGGAUCAAAAUGAUGUAAGAUAUACACAGUUUUCCAUUUAAGCCUUCUCUUCCUUGAUAAAAAAGACAAAACUAAGGGCCUCUCCCAUGCCUUCUGAAUGUAUAAUGUCAUGUCACCUGUUAUUCAUUUCAAAAUGAAAAAUGUGCUUCAUAGUGAAAUAUUUCUCCUUUUGUUAGAGAAUGGGAUUUUUAGAAAGUUAGUUGUAUGUAGGAGGUAACACAUUAAUUA